ACAUGGAGCAAGAUGUGAUAGUGACAAUGUCGGUGUAAGGUAUAUAUAGCGGCCUCUGGUACGGAGUUCUGGAUGAUCUCAACACUCAAGUCAUCAGCUCAAAUUUGAUUUGGUUCAGAAGUCCAAGUCGCAAUUCGCAACCGCCACCAUGAAGCUCACCACCAUCGCCGCCGCCGCCGUGAUCGCCCUGGCCGGCAACGCUUCGGCUUGGCGCGUAUACCUGCACAGCUUCACGGAUUUCCGCGGCCUCACCUACACAAAGGCAGGCCCGGGCGGCACAGGCAGCAAGUGCCACAACCUUCCUGAGGAGUACCGCUACACAGCCAACUCGAUCACGUACUACGCCUACAACAGCCAGACCAACCCCUCGAGCCGGUGCAAGAUUACGCUGUACGAUACGCCUGACUGCGACACCGUCAUCAAGGGGCCUUCCUACAGCGUGGACACCAAGAAGGCGCUGCCUGAGGACUGGCGGAACCGGGUUUAUGCAUUCAAGACGGAGUGCUGGGCUGUUUAGGCUUCAGGAGCUUCUCGGGCGGGCUAAGGGGGACAAUCACCACUUGAAGCUAUCCGGCCUAUGUCGGAAAUACAUGCUCAACAGC